UCCCUUUCUCCAAACACCACACACUCCCCCAACAGCUGCGGAGCUGCAAUCUGGAAGAAAUUACUCUUCGAAAAAGCCAGACUUCCCCAGUUUCAGGAAAUUCCAGGCCGGCAGGGGAGGGGCCGGCUGGGGGCGCGCCCGUCCAGCCCCCUCCCGCUCGGCGUGCUCUGCGCUCGGCCCUGGCCUCCUCCCGCCCCCACAUUCAGCCGGAGGGGCCUCCACUUUUCCACUGCUGCUUUCUAGGCCUUUAAAUCCUGGAGGCAAACUUUUUGGGGGAAUACAGAAGGUUGGGAGGGGCGAGCGCCCGCACCCUCUCUGCCCCAGACGACCAAGCCAGACUGGGCGGUGGCUCCGGGCCCACUGGGCUCUGACCAUGGCCCCCGGGAGGGGCUGACGCUUUAGAGCCCGGCGCAGGUGAGUCCCGCCCGGAGGAAGGAGGAAGAAGGCGAGCGCCCGCCCGGGACUAGCAGGCAGAGGCGGGCUCUGGAGAGGAGGGGUGGCCCAGCUUGAGCCUGAGCGCUAGAGCCGCCCGCCUGCGCGGCAGUAGCUCCGGAGAUGCCGGUGCUGAAGCAGCUGGGCCCCGCGCAGCCUAAGAAGCGGCCGGAGCGCGGCGCCCUGUCCAUCUCCGCGCCCCUCGGCGACUUUCGGCAUACCCUGCACGUGGGGCGCGGCGGCGACGCCUUCGGGGACACGUCGUUCUUGAGCCGCCACGGCGGCGGGCCGCCCCCCGAGCCGGGGGCGCCUCCCGCCGGGGCCCCGUGCUCCGCGCCCCCGCCCGCCGUUGCGCAGCCGCCGCCGCCCGCCCUGCGCGCCCCGGCGCCCGCCGACCCGCUGCUGUCCUUCCACCUGGAUCUGGGCCCCUCCAUGCUGGACGCGGUGCUGGGCGUCAUGGAUGCAGAGCGCCCCGUGGCUGCCGCCGCCAAGCCCGACGCGCACCCCGGUUCCGGCACGCAGCACUCCAGGGCGCGCUGCCGCCCCAACGCGGACCUCGAGCUGGACGACGUCAUCGGCCUGUAGGCACCCCCACCCCCCGCGCCCUUCCGUGCGACUCCCCACUUCUUUAUACAUAAAUGGCCACGGUCUGUGCC